GCUCAGAUAACUUUUCAAUCUAAUUUGUUAAACGGGAAUAGGGCCGAGAAGAUUUAAAGGAUAAUUGAAGGUGCCUUUCAGACGGAGUUGAUGCUCUAUGAUCCAGUAGACUGAAGUAAACAGCAACUGGGACGCGAUGACCCAUCGACCAUCUCACUUCUUUGAGGUUCGAAGGUCGCGCUUGGCCGAAAACACAAGGAGAAGCAGGAGAGGGUGUUGUUGCCUCACUGACAUAAAUUCAAUGUCCAGGUCGACAAGGGUGUGGCUGAGAGAAUGAAUCGCUCUGACUUUGAAGGCACAUCAAAUUGCUUCAACAAUAGUAGUUCAGGAACCAGUAGUUAUUUCGUGGGUUCCUUAGGCAUGAAUCCUGAUCGAACUGCGCCAUCAGACUCGCACGAAGAUGGGCCGAAUAAGAAUGACAAGCAGGCAAUGGUGCCACUACACUUGGACUUUGUACCGGGGCCCAACGAUGUUAUCUGCGGACGAGGCAAGAAGUGUUAUGCACAUACAGGGAAUGAGAGAUUCCGUCAGAUUGUUCAAUCAUAUCUUGACCGGUACCAGGCUGCUGCUUCACGGCCCGAGAAGUCGGAGAUUCUCUCGUCCAUUGUGUCGCAGGUCCGAGAAAGCAGUCCUGAUGGGGGCUUCGUCAAGCAAGAUGCCACAACAAAUCAAUGGUUCGAGGUUGGUGACUUUUUGGCAAGGGAGAAGACUAGCCAAGCCUUUCGGGAUGCUCUUGCAGAACAUUACAGAUCCUCCAAGAAAGCUAAGCACGAGAAGCGUCGCCAAAGAACCCAGGCCAAAGCGCUCAUUGAGAAACAGGCAACCAUGCUCCCAUCCCUUGAUACCGGAUCAGGACACGGACCAAGUGCUUCGCUGGCGGACAACCAGCAGUCAUUGUUUCCGAGUCCCCUGGUCAGCAGGCAGCACUUGACGGUACUUCGAGAAGAUCCACCGCAUCCAAGGGCAUUUUCGUUCUCGGGACAUACGCAUGAGCGUCUUGCAGGACGUGAGGUGCGUUCACGGGCGAUGUCCUUGUCUGCAGGGGGGCAUUUCGGGGAUCGUAACGAUGUUGAUCUCUCAGCGGGAGGAAAUGGUCCUUGCCAUGGGGAGGGGUUUCAUCGACCUGACUCUGCCCCUGGACGAUACUAUGGCCGUGGUGACGCUUCGUCCGUCGAUGACUUGGCAGAGAUCGACCUGAGGCAGGGCUUAGGGCGUCGGAUGGAGUCCUCGGGACACGAAUCAUGGCCACAGCACUCUCGAUCUCAAACCACGCGCACAUUUUUCAAUCCACCUGCUUCUCUUUAUGCAACUCAGCCACAGUUUCAUCCGGUGCGUGCCGAAGAUCUCGCAGGACACAGGACGUUUCAGGGCAACGACGCUCUGAUGACAGCUGUAGACAACGCUCGAGUACAUGGUGAACCAUCGCACGUGGCGCAAUGGACGAACAACAGCAUUGAAACCGAGGUCCGCGCCUCCCAACAGCAGGGUAACGAUUUGCAAUUCCCUGCAAGUUUUGCGUCCGAGUCGCCGCGUAUUGCGUAUCUACAAAACAGUGGGGGUGCUUCCAUGGGCGGUUUGUACCCAUCGGGAUCAGCUACAACUUCGAAUCAGCCUCCAGAGGGGAUCCACCAGCGCACUGACUCGACAGCAUCAGCUACUGUCAUUGUGGCACAGCUCGCGUCGGCGUUGCACCAAGACUCCCCCAACAACGAUGAAAAUCCGUUCGAACCAAUUCCCCUUGGGGGGCGGUCAAAAAAGAAGGCGAAGAGGUAG